AUGUCUGACGCUGGCGUCGACCACCUCUUUACCGUCCUAGGCUCCGACCAUCCCAGCAUCAUCGAGGCCUAUGUCCGUCGUCAAAAUGACCCCACUCGCCAGUCCCCCAAGAUGAUCCUAUUCCAGCACGAGUUCGUGGCCAUGUCCGCUGCCGAUGGCUAUGCCUGCAUCAGCCAUAAACCGGCCUGUGUGCUGGCCCACGUCGACGUGGGGACCGCCGCGCUCGGUCAGGGUCUGCACAAUGCAUCCAGUGGCCGUGCUCCGGUCAUGAUCUUCGCCGGUGUCGCCCCAUCAACCCUACAUGGCGAGGCUCCGGGUUCGCGUUCCGAACAUGUCCAGGGGUACCAAGAUAUCCGAGACCAGGCCGCCAUUGUGGCUCCCUACAGCCGUUUCAGCGCGGAAAUCAAAUCCCCUCAUAACGUCAGCAGUCUCGUGCAUCGCGCCGUCCUCAUGGCCACCACCGGCUCCCCUGGUCCCGUCUACCUCACAGCCACUCGCGAGAUCCUCGCCAACCCCGUCCCCUCGCUACAGCCUCGUCCCAAACCCAUCCCAUCCUGCAUCCUCGGCUCUCUCCCGCAUGAAGCCGUCGAAGUCAUCGGCAACGCCCUCCUCGACGCAAAAGCCCCCCUCGUCGUCACCGGCUAUAUCGGUCGGAACCACCGCGCAGUCAACGAACUCAUCAAACUCGCCGACACCAUCCACGGUCUGCGCGUCUUCGACUCCGAACUCCGCGAGGUCUGCUUCCCCACCACGCACCCAGCCUGCGUCACCCGAGGCACUGGCGCCGCCCCGGCCAUCCAAUCUGCCGACGUGAUCCUGGCGCUUGACACCGACGUCCCUUGGAUCCCUCGCCGGGUGCACCCCUCCCCAGACGCAGAAGUCUACCACAUCGAUCUCGACCCGCGGAAGGAACGCAGGAACAUGUUCGACAUCGGUGCCACGGCUACCUUCCACGCCGACACCGCCGCCGCACUCACCCAACUGAACACAUACAUCACCUCCUCUCCCCGCCUCCCAGACCUCCAAACCACCUGGACCACCCGUCGCGACGCCCUCCGCUCAUCGCACGCCGAAGGCCAAUCCCUCAUCCACACCCGCGCCACUAAACUCCUCGACACCCCCGACGCACCCUGCACCGUGGACUACCUCUGCAGCCGCAUCCGUGCCCUCGUCCCUUCAGAUACCAUCUACGUGACCGACUCCGUCACCCACCAAGUCGCCAUGACCGAGCAGCUACAACUGACUCGUCCCGGUACCCACCUCACCAAAGGCGGCAGCAGCCUCGGCUGGGCUGGCGGCGCCAGUAUCGGGGUGAAACUCGCCACGGCACGCUACGACCUCUCCGAUCGACCCACCGCCAACCCUAAAUCUGACCAUCAGCAACCCCCCUUCAUCUGCAGCAUCACCAGCGACGGCAGCUUCGUCUUCUCCGUCCCCACGGCAGUCUACUGGGCGAGUCAUCGGUACGGAUGUCCGUUUCUCACGGUGAUCUUGAAUAAUGGCGGGUGGAAUGCCACGAGGCAGUGUUUGGUGGAUGUGCAUCCGGGGGGCGUGGCGGCGGGGUGGUCGAAUGAGGAGUUGGGGAUCUCGUUGGUCACGGAUGGGCCGGAUUAUGGGGGCGUCGCGAAGGCGGCGGCGAAUGGGCGGUUGUGGACCACGAGAGUGCGGUGUGUGAGGGAGUUGGAUGGGGCGAUUCGGGAGGGGGUUAGGGUCGUGAGGGAGGAGGGGAUGUCGGUGGAGUUGGAUGUGAUUAUUGGGUAG